AUGGCAGAACUGCAGGGAACUCAGGUCAGCCAGGACGCCCUGGCCGUGGCUCAGCUAGAGCUCGGUGGGAAUCCCAAUGCUUUGGCGUUGCGUAGGCCAUUUGAUCCGGUGGCGCAUGAUCUAGACGCAACCUUCCGCCUUACGCGGUUCGCCGACCUAAAAGGAUGAGGGUGUAAAGUCCCUCAGGAGGUUCUUGGGAAACUCCUCGAGGGACUACAGGCCGACGAUGGUAGCGCUCAAGAUCAUGAGCAUGCCCACUUUAUGCACAUGGCCAUUCCACGCAUCGGUAUUGGUAUGGAUUCCUCCGUGACUCCACUGAGACACGGUGGGCUUAGUUUGGUUCAAACCACAGACUUCUUCUACCCAUUAGUGGAUGAUCCUUAUAUGAUGGGUAAAAUUGCAUGUGCUAAUGUUAUCAGCGAUUUAUACGCCAUGGGUGUUACGGAGUGUGACAAUAUGUUAAUGUUGCUGGGAGUCAGUACAAAAAUGACUGAGAAGGAACGGGAUGUUGUUGUUCCCCUAAUCAUGAGAGGGUUUAAAGAUUCUGCCUUGGAAGCUGGCACAACAGUGACAGGAGGUCAAACAGUUGUUAAUCCCUGGUGUACAAUAGGUGGUGUUGCUUCUACUGUCUGUCAGCCAAAUGAAUAUAUUGUCCCGGAUAAUGCAGUUGUUGGUGAUGUUCUUGUAUUAACAAAACCUCUUGGAACUCAAGUUGCUGUUAAUGCUCAUCAAUGGUUAGACCAACCAGACCGCUGGAAUAGAAUCAAACUUGUGGUAAAUGAAGACGAUGUCAGGAAAGCUUAUCAAAGGGCAAUGGAUAGCAUGGCUAGACUGAACAGAAUAGGAGCUAGACUGAUGCAUAAAUAUAAUGCACAUGGAGCAACAGAUGUCACAGGCUUCGGUCUUUUGGGACACGCGCAAAAUUUGGCCAAACACCAGAAAAAUGAAGUCUCUUUUGUUAUUCAUAAUUUACCUGUUAUUGCAAAAAUGGCAGCAGUAGCAAAGGCAUGUGGCAAUAUGUUCCAACUAUUGCAAGGUCAUUCUGCAGAGACCAGUGGUGGAUUGCUCAUUUGCCUACCUAGAGAACAGGCUGCAACGUAUUGCAAAGACAUCGAGAAACAAGAAGGAUAUCAAGCAUGGAUUAUUGGCAUCGUAGAGAAAGGAAACCGCACAGCUAGAAUAAUCGACAAACCACGAGUGAUAGAAGUUCCAGCUAAAGAGAAGGAUGGUGAGCUCUGGUAAAAGGAUUGAAAGUCUUCGCCUCCUUAUUCACCGAUAUGUAUUUAGAGAAUACCACGAUCAACGCGCAUUUACACAUGAAAAAAACUUCACAGGUUCAGAGCACUAAAGUGUAUACUAUAAUACAAAGUCUUUUUUCUCUAGAUACAAAAGUACUGAUGAAUACAUUUCAUAGCAGUAUGAUAUUUUUGUUUUGUGGGUUAACGACGUGAUAUAUAACAUUAAUGACUCCUAAUUUUGUGUUAUCUUUGUCGAAGUUGAAUGAGGAUAUAAUUCUCUGCCUUUUUUUUAUAAUAUUUGUCAAAAGUUUAAAAAAAAACAUCCGUAAUACGUUCUUGGUUGUCUUCCGGACAACGAUGAACAAUUA